AUGAACAUAUAUAAUACCGAAUCAAAUUAUUAUAGAAUGUUAGUCACAAGAAAGCUACAGACAUGUCCUGACAUGUCAAAUUUACCUUCAGAUAAAGCAAUCGAAUUGCGAAAUUUUAUAAACCGUUUGGGCAACAUUUAUGGAACAAACUUUCCUAACGCAAAAAUGAUGUCACCAAGGCUUUUCGGUAGUAUCAUAUUAUGCAUUACUAUGUUAAUAAUGCAAGGAAAUGGAUUCAUUCUUAUUUGGCCUGACAUUCUCAAAAUCUGCAACUCUAUAUUGUUGGAAUCAAUUGCCCUGCAGCUAAUGAUAAGAUUGUUCAAUCGAUUUGUACGAGAUGACGAAAAUACUACAUUGUUGAUUCAAAAGAGCAUCAAUAUUUUUUACAUGCGUGAAGAGAAAGUCAUACAAAACAGAAUAGCUUUAGAUUCUCAUAUUAAAACACUCAAAAUUGCACUGAAAGCAUACCUUACAAUUGGGCUGAUAACUUAUACUGUGCCAUCAAUAUCUGCUCUUAUCUAUUCAAUGAUCUACAAAGAGUUCUUCUUAUUUGUGCCAUUUUAUGUGCCAUUUACAGAUCCUGAACGUUUCAUGUUCGAUUUUCUUUUAAAUACUUUAAUUUUGGUUCUUGGAAGCUUGCUAAUUGGAAUUAUCAUGAUAUCAGGAGAUUUAUUCAAUCUAUACUUUAUUUUACAAACAAUCCCAAUGGUCAACAUGAUUAGGAUUAAAAUAAGAAAUUUUGGAAGUGAAAUUGAAAAGUUUCAAGAAACACAACGCAAAAAGUACAAUUUGUUCAUCAAGUCUAUUCCAUCGUCAUCGACAAAAGCUAAAACAUUAGAAAUAAUUUUCUACAAACGGCAUCAACAGGAAUUAAUGAAAAUUGAAAAGCAUCUCGUCACAGUCAUCCAAGACUCUCAAAACUAUGACGAAUAUGUAAAAAUGAAUGAAUCCUUUAUCGAGAUGACAACUUUUGUUGCUGUCUCACUGAAUUCUUUGUCGAUGGGACUAGCUAUUCUACUUGCUUACAUUUUCUCAAUAACCAUCGGAGUCUCAACUUUUUUACUUUUUUUCAUUGAAGUGUUGCUGCCAUGUCUUUUGGGUAGCAUCGUGUCAUAUCAAAAUGAGAAGCUUCUGAAGGAAUUUUGUUCAUUUCCUUGGUAUGAACUGUCAAUUCCUAGUCAGAAAAUAUUUCUGCAGCACAUUCAUAUGUGUCAAAAUUUAGCUAAAUUGACUGUUCCAAUCUUCGGUGAACUAGAAAUGGAACUGUUUGCUCAAAUAUUGAACGAAGCUUAUGCAUAUUUGAUGUUCAUUUUAAACUUUGUUCAUUGA